AAGUUGAAUAAGUUGGCGGCGCGGAGCGCAGUUCUGGGGAGUCUGGAGCCCGGAGCCUGGAUAGAGAUCCGUCAGGCAGGCGGGAGAGAGAGAGAGCAGGCGGAAUUAAAUUUUCAGUGGCCAGGGGCUAAACUUGAGCAGAAUGACCUCCAAAUGCCCCAGAUGCGAAAAGCCUGUCUUUUUUGCUGAAAAAGUGAGUUCCCUGGGGAAGAACUGGCACCGAUUCUGCCUGAAAUGUGAACGCUGUGACAAGACCCUGUCAGCAGGCGGACACGCCGAGCAUGAUGGAAUGCCAUAUUGCCACAAGCCAUGCUAUGCAACUCUUUUUGGGCCCAAAGGUGUUAAUAUCGGGGGAGCAGGGUCUUACAUCUAUGACACCCCACCACCCACGCCGGUCAGCAAAUCUGCGGACAGCCCCGUCGAAUGUUCUCCCACCACCCCCUGGACCCCCACCCAGGUGGCUCGCCCGCAGCCCAAAGUUGGGCCAACUUAUGUGAAGACGUUCGCUGGAGAGACAUCACUCUGCCCUGGGUGUGGGAAAGUGGUGUAUUUUGCUGAGAAGGUGAUGUCCCUAGGCAGGAACUGGCAUCGGCCCUGUCUGCGCUGCCAGAGGUGUAAGAAGACGCUGACCUCUGGUGGCCAUGCUGAGCAUGAAGGGAAACCAUACUGCCAUGUUCCUUGCUAUGGAUACCUGUUUGGACCAAAGGGAGUGAACAUCGGUGAAGUUGGGUGCUACAUUUAUGACAAAGAUAGCGAGCAGUCAGAAAUAUCCAGCCAGUCUUAAAAGGGAAUGCGCAAGAUUCACUGGAAGGAACAAAACAAAUGAACAGCUGCCGAUCUUGACAUUUUUGAGCUCUUAGUUUUGGACUUACUGCUCCUUUUUAUAAAACUAAUAUAAUUCUAAGUGUAUUAAAUAUGAAAUGGUAGCCUUGAAAGUUGCUUUGUAAUUAGCAUAUGUCAUUCCAUUAAAUGUGUAUUAAAGAACAAUGCCUUGCAAUACAUUAUGCUCAGUAUACUGCCCAAUCUCUGCAUUUAAUAUCUCGGUUGAAAAAGUGCUCUGUAUUCAGAUUUAAUUUUCAUUUUCGAUGUAAGCUAAAACUUAGCAAUAAAAUGUAUUUAAAUAAAAUUGGUAAGAAUUCAGCCUGAUCUCCUAUACUUCUAUUGUUUUUUCCCCCCACUUCCCUGUGUCCGAUCCAAAUUAAGUUCUAUUUUGAAAUGUGUGAAUUUACUAUUUUACUGCAAUAUUGCAUUUCAGAAAGAGCCUAGAUAGAUGGGCUCUCUCCCCUUCAGAUGUGUGGGAAUAAAAAAUUCUCCCAUUGCAGCCAGGUCCUUAUUUAACCUUUUGAUGCAGUAUAAUAACUUCAGCAAUUUCGUCAGUCUCUCUAGUGACCACUUAUUUCUGCUGCUGUGAGCGCAAGGGAAACAGAGCACUUUUGCAAUGAUUGUACUUAAAGAAACUCUCAAAAUGUAUUUCAAUUUGUAGGAUUUUUAGUGGAUAACAAAUGCAAUCCUCAGAUGUUAAAAUCACUAAGUCUUUCAAUCCUGUUGAUUUGACGUUGGAUUGUUAGAUUAUAGAGAAAUAUCGUGUGCAUUUGGUUACUGUGUGCAUAGGCUUUGACAACAUUUCUGUAUGGAAAGUGUUUUGCAGUUGAUCUGAACUGUACUGUAUUUUACAUUUGAAAACCUGGUGGCUUCUUGGUCAGGCAGCAAUGAAUCAUUCAUCAUAAGACUCAACACAAAUACAUUCGUGAUUUUUUAAAAGUAGUAACUUUUCAUUUCAGCAUUUUGUAAAAAUGUUGCUUAUCUUUGUUGGCUAAGACUUUCGGUAAUGUAUUAUUAUUUUUGACUUGCCAAAAAAGGUCAAUGCUUUAUUUAAGGAUUGUAUAAUGAAGCUACUGUGCAUUUGUCUUGUGUUGAGUGUGCACUAAGCUCUUAAGCUCAUCUGAAAGAUGUUAAAAUUAUUAAAAUGCACUGCUGUUAUGCUGUAUCUUUCAAAAUGAAGUGCAAGGAAUAAAUGACAAAUUAAAAUAGUAGUACAAUGGUUUUAAUUGAAUGACAGAAUGUAACAUUACAAAGGUCAUUUGUAGAACUGUAACAUGAGCUGAUAUGCAUUCAAGCCAUUAAUACAAAUGUCUGUAGUUUGAGCCUUGCAGUAAGAGAACUCGAUAUAUGAAUAUUUAAACAAAAUGCAUAGUAACUGUAGUAGUUGAUUCAUAUUUAUUACAGUCUUGAAUAAAAAUUUUUGACACUG